GCUUUCGUUUCCUGGCGGCCCCGCCCCUCACGGCCAUGGGGGACGCACCGGGGCUGGGUGUGAGCUUCGGUCCCUAUGCGGCGCCGCCCUGGUUCUACCCCGUGUCUGACGAGGACGAGGAGGCGGAGGAGGAGGAGGAGUACUUCAUCCCCACCUACCGCCCCCCGUUCGGCCUCUAUGGGCCGCUCGGCGAUCCGCUGCUCGCCCCCCCGCGCGGCUUUGUGGACGUAGACGUGGACACGGACACGCGUGGACUGAACGCGGCGUGGAGGCACCGCGUCACGGCCGAGGAAGCAGAGAGGAACGCAAUGGAGCUGCUGGCAGAGGAGGAGCGGAUGAAGAAGAAAGCAGAGAAAAAGAAACUGAAGAAGAAGAAGCAGAAGGACCGGAGGAAACAGGAGAAGUUGGAACAGGAGCUGAGGAGCAAGGAGGCGGCUGCGUCGAGCACCACAUCCCUGCCCGGCGCUGCAGGCACUGCUCGUGGGGACAGCGGUGGUGCUGAGGAGGAGAGGGGCUGCUUGGCCGCCAGCCCUUCCCAGUGCCUCCAGGAUCAUGCAGAGGAGGGAGCGGGGGAUCUAGAGGAGAUAGAGGAUGAGCUGGAUUUGAGCUGCACCUUUGUCUUCAAAGCAUGGCAGAAGGCAGGCGUGAAGCUGCCACCUCCUGCAAGGGAUAAACUGGUCAGAGCUGAUGCUGCAGAGCCCAGCAAGAGGCUGCAGGAGGGGGCACCUGAGGCCCCGCUGCCCUGCAUGGCUGCCCCACAGGCACCUGAGCCCCCCCUGCCCUGCAUGGCUGCCCCACAGGCACCUGAGCCCGAGCCUGCACCCCUGGACACAAACAUGUUGGAGCAGAGCCUGAUUCUUGCAGGCUGUGGCUACCAGGCUGCUGUGCAGGGACGCUACGCGGAGGCCGUGCAGGCCCUCACCGAGGCCAUAAAGCUGAACCCCAGGGAGCACCGGCUCUUCGGGAACCGCUCGUACUGCUACGAAAAGCUCCAGCGCUACCAGGAGGCGCUGAGGGAUGCGCAGAUGGCCCUGGGGCUCCGGCCCAACUGGCCCAAAGGCUUCUUCCGCAAGGGCAAGGCGCUGUGGGGGCUGAAGCGCUACGCCGAGGCCAGGGACACCUUUGAGCAGCUGCUGCGCAUGGAGGGGGCCCACACCGAUGUGGCAACUCAGCUGGAGGCCUGCCAGAUGCUGCUGCAGCAGAGCAGCCUCCGCGAUGCCAGCAGCCCCAGGGCCGUCCCUGUGCUGGAAGCUAGGGAGCCACUGACACCUGUCUCUGAGGAGUAUGUGAACGGGAGCUGCAGCGAUGUGGACACGAGCGGCUUCGUGACGGUGGUGAACUCAAGGAGCCACUCGAAAAGCCGCACGCAGGCCACAGCCACAGCAAGCCCCAAGCACACGCUGCCUUCACAGCACCCUGCCAGGGACUGCUAUCCUCUGUGGGUUGGGAACAUCACCUUCAAGAUCACCAAGAAGGUGCUGCAGAGCUGCUUCAGCCGGUUUGGGCAGAUCCAAUCCAUCCGGAUGCUCCCGGAGAAGUACUGCGCCUUCAUCAACUUCCACCAGAAGGCAGCGGCAGAAGCGGCAUACAGGGCCAUGCUGGGUGCUGACCUGGAGGGCAGCCGGCUGGUGCUGCAGCUCAAGCACCCAUCCCACGCCACGCCACCGCCCCGACAGCGCCCGUAGGACCCUCCACAGGGGCUCCUGAGCCAGGAACCCUCCUCAUCUUGCGGGCUGUGGAGCGGGACCCCCGCUGGGCGCUGCCCCGUGCGCUGCUGGGCCCACACGGCAGCUCGGAGUGCUGCAGGAGCUCGAGGCUGCGUGCCGGCCUUUGGAGCCACGCACUCGCUGCAGCCCCCCGUGCCUUCUCCCCACAGCAGCAGGUCUGGCCCCGUCCCGCUGCUCCUACCUCGUGCCCCUGGCGUGCCAGUGCCUUGCAGCUGCAGCCUGCUCCGUGCCGCCCUGGGUCCCGCGGGCCGGUACCGGGAGGGUCGGUACCCGCAGGGACAGCCCUUCCUUCCGGGAUGUGUCCCUGCUUUGGGUUUCUUAAUAAAAGCCAGAGCCGCGGGUGCCCUG